CCUUCGGUGGGACGUAACGUCAGCUGGCGUCGUGUCGGGAUUGGAAUGUUAGCGACCAACAGUCGGAACAACUGAGCACUCGGUAAUUGGACACUCGGACCGAGGAAUCCUGGCGUUUUCUCUCCCCUCCCUCCCCGCCUCCUCCAGCAUUUUCCCAGCUAUUCCUCCACGCUGAGGCGGCCGCUCGCUUCCCACCCCCCUCGGCCCGGAUAACUUCGCCUGCUCCGCCGGUCUCUUCCGAUGAGGUUUAUUCCUUUGAUAUUUUCCGAGGGACCGAGCGGAGGCGAUAAAUAAAGCAGAGAAAUGCAGGGAUUUGUCAGGUUACAGCUGGACCGCUGAAGCGUCUCUCCCCCCCCGGUGUUUUUAAUUCCGCCUAACCAGGGACCAUGGAGCGAUAGACGGACUAACAUCCAGCCGGUAGAGGCGUCCGCACCGCCGGUGUUCAACAUCCAACCCGGGUUGUACCUUCACGUCUGGGAGAGCCUCGGGGACCCCCCCAGCCGCUGUUUUCUCUCCCCCCCCCAGUGGAGCUCCGAGCCUGGAUGAGGGGGAGCAGCCGCAGCGCAGAGGCUCCGGACAGGUCUUCCUAGGCGCGUUGCUGGAUGUGGGAAAACUCCACGAAAGCGGCGUAAAAUCGCCCACAUGCGCUGGAUCAAUCGCCGGAUCUCGGAGCACAACACGCAGACGGGGGGUUGGGGAUGGAGCGAUGCAGCCGGGGCUGGUGAGAGCCUAACUUGGGGCCACUUUAGCUUUGUUAUUCCCGAGCGAGUCGCCUCUGUUCCCGGGACACAUGCAGGCCAAAAAACGCUACCUGAUCCUGCUGUCCGCCGGAGCGUGCCUGGCGCUGCUCUUCUACCUCGGAGGGGUUGAGCUCCCAGCGGCCAGGAGGAGCCGGCAGGACCGCAGCAGGAGCGGCUACCGGCCCGAGCAGCCGUGGCCCCACUACUCGGACCCUUUACACGCCUUCGUGCCGUGGGACCAGGCGGACACCGAGGAUUACAACCUGCACAUAUCCGCGCGGCAGAAGCGCGACGUGAACCGGAGCGUUUACAGGGGCAAGCGGUGCCGCAUGGAUUCCUGCUUCGACUUCUCGCUGUGCCAGAGGAACGGCUUCAAAGUUUAUGUUUACCCCCAGCAGAAGGGGGAGAAGAUCUCCGAGAGCUACCAGAACAUCCUCUCCACCAUCGAGGGCUCCAGGUUCUACACCUCAGACCCGGGACAGGCGUGUCUGUUCGUCCUGAGUCUGGACACUCUGGAUCGGGACCAGCUGUCGCCCCAGUACGUCCACAACCUGAAGACGAAAGUCCAGAGCCUGCCUUUGUGGAACGACGGCAGGAACCACCUCAUAUUCAACCUGUACUCCGGCACCUGGCCGGACUACACGGAGGACCUGGGCUUUGACAUCGGCCAGGCCAUGCUGGCCAAAGCCAGCAUCGGCGCGGAGAACUUCAGGCCCCGCUUCGACGUGUCCAUCCCGCUCUUCUCCAAGGAGCACCCUCGGACCGGAGGGGAGCGGGGUUUCCUGAAGUACAACACCAUCCCGCCUUUCAGAAAGUACAUGCUGGUGUUCAAGGGGAAGCGCUACCUGACCGGCAUCGGCUCGGACACGCGGAAUGCCUUAUACCACGUCCACAACGCGGAGGACGUGGUGCUGCUCACCACCUGCAAGCACGGGAAGGACUGGCAGAAGCACAAGGACGCGCGGUGCGACAAGGACAACGCCGAGUAUGACAAAUACGACUACAAGGAGAUGCUCCACAACUCCACCUUCUGCUUGGUGCCCCGGGGCAGACGGCUGGGCUCCUUUCGCUUCCUCGAGGCGCUGCAGGCUGCAUGCGUGCCGGUGAUGCUGAGUAACGGCUGGGAGCUGCCUUUUUCCGAGAUCAUCGACUGGAACACCGCCGCGGUCAUCGGCGACGAGAGGCUCCUCCUGCAGAUUCCCACCACAGUGCGCUCCAUCCACCAGGAUAAGAUCCUGUCCCUCAGACAGCAGACUCAGUUCCUGUGGGAGGCGUACUUCUCCUCUGUGGAGAAGAUAGUGCUGACCACACUGGAGAUAAUCCAGGACCGAGUGUUGGAGCACGGCUCCAGGAGCAGCCUGAUGUGGAAUAGUCACCCUGGAGGCCUUUUUGCCUUGCCGCAGUACUCUGGAUACUUGGGAGACUUCCCGUUCUACUACGCCACACUGGGUAUUAAACCGUACCCCAAGUUCACCGCCGUCAUCCACGCCGUCUCCCCUCUGGUGUCCCAGUCCCAACCCAUACUGAAGCUGCUGGUAGCUGUGGCCAAAUCCCAGUACUGUGCUCAGAUUAUCGUCCUGUGGAACUGCGACAAGCCUCUCCCCGCUAAACACCGCUGGCCCGCCACCUCGGUGCCCGUCAUCGUGAUCGAGGGAGAGAACAAGGUGAUGAGCAGCCGCUUCCUGCCCUAUGAGACCAUCGUGACCGACGCUGUGCUCAGCCUGGACGAAGACACGGUGCUGUCCACCACCGAGGUGGACUUUGCCUUCACCGUCUGGCAGAGUUUUCCGGAGCGCAUCGUGGGCUACCCGGCCCGCAGCCACUUCUGGGACAGCAACAAGGAGCGCUGGGGCUACACCUCCAAGUGGACCAACGACUACUCCAUGGUUCUGACCGGCGCCGCCAUGUUCCACAGGUACUAUCACUACCUGUACACCCACUACCUGCCCACCAGCCUGAAGAACAUGGUGGACCAGCUGGCCAACUGUGAGGACAUCCUGAUGAACUUCCUGGUCUCCGCCGUCACCAAGCUGCCGCCCAUCAAGAUCACGCAGAAGAAGCAGUACAAGGAGACCAUGAUGGGACAGUCCUCCAGGGCGUCCCGCUGGGCCGACCCGGACCACUUCGCCCAGCGGCAGACCUGCAUGAACAAGUUCGCCAGCUGGUUUGGCGCCAUGCCGCUCGUCCACUCCCAGAUGAGACUGGACCCGGUGCUCUUCAAGGACCAGGUCUCCAUCCUCCGCAAAAAAUACAGGGACAUCGAGAGGCUCUGACAGGACCGCCGCCCCCUCGGGGGAGACUCCACGCAGGGGGAGGCGCGCGACAGAGACUCCGUGGAGAGUCGGAGGAGCAGUCGGACUACGGCGGGGUGGACGGCGUGAGCCGCCAGCUCUGCCGGGGUCCGCUGGGUUACGGGCGGACGGACAUUAGAACAACGCAGACAGAGACACGCCCAAACACUACUGACGACAAAAAAACUGUGGGAUAGAAUAUUUUUUUUGUACACGGUAAGAUUCACUGCAUGGAAGCGCUCCGUCACAGGGAGAGCCUCCAGCGUUCUCCUGCACAUGUGCGGGAUGGCGGAGGAGGGGAAGGCGGAGCCGCACACGUCCCACCGCCCCUCGUUCCGCAUCAGGACCUGAAACCGGACUCAACGGAGAGAUGCUGCUUUCAUAAAAAGGUCUGAGAGACGUCGGGUCCGAGUCCUUUUGGUUUUUAUUUGCCGAUAUUUUCAUCCUGGCCUCAUUCCUCCUCCUCCUCCUCGUUUCCUAACGGCCUUUUAUCUGCGAGGUAGCUCAGAACGUCUCGUUUCAUGACCCAUUUUCCUCUCCUUCUCACAGCCAUUCUCAUCUCUUCACGUUUCUCGUUGGCUCAUCCAACCAUAAGCUCAAAGCGGACAACUUUUUUUUUUUUUUUUUUUUCCCCUCCCUCCCGUCAGAACGAGUGAGAUGAACAUUUCUGGAUGAAACGGAGCAGAACGGUGCGUUCAAAGCCAAAUGUUUGUUUUUUUUUUUUUCUUUCUGCAUGGUCCCUGAACACCAUCCUAAUGGAGUAAACAUUCAGUCCUCUGCAGGUCUUUAAGUGACCGCCACCUUUCCUUUCCUUUUUUUUUUUUUUUUUUUUUAAGCCGUGCUCGUUCAGAGCACGCCGGUGCCAUUCUGACCUCGGAGUCUGCCUUCGUCAUUGUUUACUGCACAUCACGCUGCCUAAACGCUCUUGUUUUUACGCGUCGCUGCCAUUUUUCUUUUUAUUUCGUUUCCCCUUGACAUAUCAGAGGACCUCAGAGCCAUUAAAUCGACGAAAAGGUUUUCUCCUCCAUUUGUCAGGCCUCAAUUAAGCAUUUCAUUUAGAGAGCUGUUUGCAUCAUUCCCAGAGGACGGGCCGGUGGU